UUCGCGCCCCGCGCGUGCCCGUGUUUUCUUGCCAUAUGCAUACCGAGCAUCGAUCGUAACCUGUUUACCGCAAACAACAUUAAUACAACCUCAAAACCGACAUGCAUAUCGCGAAACAAUCGUAAACAUAACUCGCUACAUAACAAACUCAAUCCGCAGUGUGAACUCUGAAGCUAUAAAAUUAAUGUGUGAAUGCCACGGUCCACAGCCUACGCAGCCGGCAGCGUUCCCCACCUCCGUUCAUUCAAGGACCAGCCGUUGAACCCAUGUUGCCACAACUAUAGUAUGAUCGCAAUCCUCGUGAUUUGGAAAUGUGCCUAGAAAUCAACACGGACCGAUGGGACUGAGCCGAUGAUUCGCGAAUUGGUGUCAACGACAAUGUCAAUCAGGCAAAAUUCAGGCGAAUUCACUAAACACAAACAACAACAACUAGGUAAACAGGGCCCGGAACCGGUCAACUUUCCACCGCGCUAUCAUCCGCCGCCACCUGCCGCUGCGGGCUCGAAACUAGCCACUACAGACGCAUCCGCUAAAGAGUUUAAACCUCCGAACGCUGUAAAACAUAAUAUAGACCACACAAAAUUACAAUAUCCAGCGGGCAUUCAAAGUUCUAUGCCUGUACUAUAUCCUAGUGGCUCUUAUCCGCAAGUGAAAUAUCUCCAGGGUUACCCAAUUGGAUACCCUGUGCCGGCGGCUGCCCUCCGCGCUUUAAGACCUCCAGGUGAGAUUAUAACGAAAGCAAUUGUUCACGAGCCCGUGGAGACAACGGCACGGGCGAGAAGCGCCGACGACACGCAACGUGUGCAACGUAAUUUAGAAGAAGAGCAAAUUCAUAGGCGAUCUGCUGACAUGCUCAAGUUCACAAAGCGUAUUGAAUCGGAUGGCUCCAGGCAACCAACUGACCAAAGGCGGCAAAUUCAAACACUAUUAGAUGAAAUAAAAGCAUUAAAGGAGGCCAAUCGACGUUUAAGUGAAGAUAACCAAGAACUUCGUGACCUGUGCUGUUUUUUGGAUGACGAUCGACAAAAAGGAAGGAAGUUGGCGCGGGAAUGGCAAAGAUUUGGUCGGUAUACAGCUUCUGUUAUGCGACAAGAGGUAUCAGCGUACCAGAGUAAAUUGCGGGAGUUAGAUGACAAACAGCAGGAGCUAAUUAGAGAUAAUUUAGAAUUAAAAGAAUUGUGCCUUUAUCUCGACGAAGAACGUGAGAGAAGUACGUGUCUUAACUGUGGAAGAACUGCUGGGAGAGAAAGAGACGACGGUGAUGGCAGCAGUAGUGGCACAAAUGCCGAGGAGAUAGCGCGACCCCCUGUUUCUACGGUGUCUAUGACACAUCCGCAACUGGCAGAGCGUACAGUUCAGUAUGUUCGAGAUUUGGAGCAAAAAGUAAGACGUUUAGAGGCAGAAAAGGGUGUGGGAAGUGGACAUAAUGAAAGACCGGAAGCCGUUGUUCGUGCUCUUCAAGUAUUAGAAGUAAGAGAAAGAGUAGAAAGAGAAAGAAGAAGGCCAGCACCAGAUUUAGACUCUGGUGAACAGGCACUAGUGCGAGAAAUGUGUAACGUAGUUUGGGGUAAAUUAGAAGAGGCUCCACCCCAAGCCCCGCCACGUUGAUUAUUAUUGGUGUUGAUGUGUGACAAGAAAAAGGUCGUUAAUCAAGGGAGUGAAAGAAAUCUGUUUAAAAUUCACCAUUUGAUUGGAAUUUAACUCGAUUGAGGUCAUGGUGAGCGAAGUCGACCGCAUGACCUACAGACUUAGGUACCGGCCUUGUUUAUCAAUCAGUUGUACCUUGUAACUGAACAUUUAGUUGUUAAUCAUAAACUUUUAUUGAUAGUUAAGAAACGCGUACUAGCUUGCCAGAAACAAACUAAUUUGUUGCCUAAAGAUUUUGACAAAAAAUGAAACCUUAAAGUACAAAAUUAGUAAUAAGUGUAUGGAGUUAUAAUCUUUGUUCCAGUUGCUUUUGUUAUAAAUUAAAAUUGCUUCGACCUUGUAAGAUCUAAUGCCAUAGUAUUGUUCCGUGCUAUGAUAAUUCCUUAAUGUAAGCUAUUAUUAUAAUAAUGCCUAUAGUUUUGUUAUAUUAAAUUUUAAGACGGACAUUAGGUUUAAUGAGGCUAAUGUAAGUUAUAAAAUCUGUGAUUGGCAGUUGUUUGAAUGAGCUGGACUUAAUAUUACACAAAAAGUACAAUUAUGUGAAAUGUCUGAAAGUAGAGGUAUUUUUUAGAUUUCGAGGUAAUUUGGACCACUUUUAUUAAAUACAUUAUAACAAUUAAUAUUGAUUACUAAGUCCAUAUCUUUACUUAUUUAUUAUACAAAUUUAUUUAAACACGUAUUGCGUUUAAACAAGGCUCGUUGGAAAGAGGUACCACUAAAAAUUUUGUUCCUAAACUUAUGCCUGAUAGUAGUAUCUUACUACUUUUAAAUAAACAACAAGGUACAAAAAGUUGCUAUUAUUACACAUUUAAGUUGAUAUUAGUGCAAAUUGACGAUACUAACACAUGAACUCAAUGGUAAAUUGUGUUUACAUUUAAGUUCAAAUGGGAUUACAAUGGCACAGUAAAUAGGUUACAGACCCAGUCCUACAAAAACAAUAAUUCACACACACGUUCAUACGGACACAUAAAUACAAGUAACACGUGUAAAUGUUACUUUAAGUCUUUAUAUUAUAGGCAUCUUUUAUUAGUUAGGUUUGUCAAAUAUUUUUAUUAGUUACUUUUUGCAGAAAAUUUAAAUGCACGUUAGUAACUUCCAUUUGUACUAAAUAGAACAUUAGUGAUACUUUUUAUGGGUGGCCACCCCCUUUCCAAUGAGUAUGGAAUAUAAUAAAAUGUCUUGGGAAUUCUAUAUAACGUUCUUAUCGCAACUCUUUGUGAUCUUGAAAGUGAAAAAAAAUUGAAGAGCCAUGUAUGAAACGGUGUCAAAAUGACCUAAUGAAUUUGGUGUACAAGUUUACUAUGGAGAAUCCGUCUAGAAACUUCCUAAGGUGCUUAUGGCCAGCAGCAUGGGAACAUGCCCAUACAAAAUUUCUCAGUAGAUGUUCUCAGUGAUCACACUAUAAGCUGUUCAAAAUCCUAAACUGAGCUAUU